GGGCGGGCGGGCGGGCGGGUACUUGUGCUUGAGCUUGAGCUUGCGGGGAGGGGACUGCGACGCCGAGGAGGGGAGAGGAGAAGAAGAGAACCGAGGGAAGGAAAGGCGAGGAGAAAGGAGAACGGAGAACGGGAAGGGAAGGGAGAGCGGUGCUUCCCUGUGCUGGUCUUAGUUUUUGUCGUGGUCCGCUCACCUUCCUCUGCUCUGUGCACAACUCGAUAUACCAGACCUUACAGGCGGAGUGAUUGUGCGCUCGCCUGCUUCAAUCUCGCGCUGCUGCUGCUGCUGCUGUGUGCUGCGCUGCGCUGCGCUGCACUUCGCUUGGCCCUUGGCCUGGGGGCUCUCGCGCACCAGCUUACAUUCACAUCACGCUCACUGCGCUCCUACUGCCUGAGUCUCCGAGAGUCUGACCCACCGUCGUGGGAAGCUAUCCUAGCCUCUCGCUGCCCCGGGCUUUGUCGCAGGGCCCGGUAGCUGCUGCCGGGAGUGAGUCCAUUUCUCUCGAUGGUCAUCGGUGCGAUUGUGGAUCCAUUCGCUCGGGCGUCUUGACUGCCCCGGCCAGCCAUUGCUGCGGCAGACCAUAGCGGAGUAGCCUCGGGUUGUACAGGAAAUCAGGGGACCAAGGUUCGGCUCUGCCAGUGGGGUGCGCAAACGAGAAUGCCUCCGAUGAGGUUGUCGACCGAGUGACGCUACGCGAAGGCAUCGUGCGCGAGGGCAGCGAGGACUCUCUGGUGCUUGCACUGGAGGCGGGCAAAUGGAAUGGAAAUGGACGUCGGGAUGCAGUGAGAGUUAGGUCGCGGACGGGAGUGUCUCGUUGUGGCGCAUGCGACGGUAGGGGAGGGGGGCUCCCAAAGGAGCUGAACGAUGGGAAGCAUUGACGUGGGACGGCCCCCCGAUGGUGAUUCUUGCAGUGAUGAGGAUGAGAGCUCCGUCUUGAGUCGAGCGGAGCGGGACCUGCAAGCUGAUUCCCCCCAUGAGCCUGUACACUGGAUCCCCCGAGCUAUCUCGUUCCGCCAGUUCUCUCCUCGCACUCCGAGGACCAGAACUGGCGGUAUGCAGGGCGGUGGAGGUGCAGGCUUGCAUGUUGUAGUCACCCGUCCGCUGGUGGUGAAGUUGACUAAAGAAGUUGUUGAGACUUACCAGCUCUGCAACCCGACCUUCACAUAUUCCGUCACAUUUAAUCCCAAACGAUAUUUGACCAAUCCUUCCACGGGAGUGUCCAAUGGUGGUCUGGAUAAUGUGAACUCGGAUCUCAUACUUUACGUCAAUGGCAUUCUUCAUAACGCCGAUUACAACCGCAGGUACAUAGUGAAGGAUAUGUUGGGGCAAGGCACUUUUGGGCAAGUCUGCAAGUGCUGGACCGAUGAUUCCAGCAAUUAUGUUGCUGUCAAAGUGAUAAAAAAUCAGCCUGCAUAUUUUCAUCAAGCUCAAGUUGAAAUUGGAAUCUGCCACAUGCUCAACCACCAGUAUGAUCCACGAGAUACUCACAACAUUGUUCGCAUCCUUGACCACUUCGUGUACGAGGGUCAUCUGUGCCUUGUCUUUGAACUUCUUCAAGCUAACCUGUUCGAGUUGCUAAAGCUCAACCAAUUCAGGGGUUUGUCGAUGACACUUGUGAGGAGUUUCACUAGACAGAUGCUGGAGGCUCUCAUGGUUUUACGGGAUGCAUGUGUUAUACAUUGUGACCUGAAACCGGAAAAUAUCCUGCUACAGAGUUUGGAGGCUGCUGAAAUUAAACUGAUUGAUUUCGGCUCAGCUUGUACGGAAAAUCGCACAGUCUAUUCGUAUAUACAGAGUCGUUUCUACCGAUCUCCAGAGGUUCUUCUUGGUCACCAGUAUACAACUGCCAUCGAUAUUUGGUCGCUAGGCUGUGUUGCUGCCGAGCUAUUCCUAGGGCUACCCCUGUUCCCAGGCGCCUCAGAAUACGACCUGCUGCAGCGCAUGAUCGAGACGCUAGGAAGUCAACCUCCUGACCACGUUUUACGCAACGCUAAACAUUCAAGCAAAUUUUUUAAACAUACAAGCGCUGCUCCAGUUUCGGGAAUUGGUAGUAGCGAAGGGCAGAACUCAGUGUAUCAGUUUUUAAACGAAGCAGAAUUUGAAGCGAGAGAGCAAAGGAAACCAGCUCUUGGGAAAAGAUACUUCGCUCAUAGGAAACUGGACGAUAUCAUUGUCAACUAUCCGUUAAGGAGACGAAUGACCCCAGAAGAAAUUGACGCAGAAACACAAAUCCGUGUUGCAUUUAUCGACUUUUUGAAGGGCCUUGUGAACUUCGAUCCAGUUAGUCGCUGGACCCCACGGCAGGCACUUCAACAUCCAUUCCUUACUGAAGCGGCUUUCAGCGGCCCCUUCAGGCCACCUCCAGAGACGCCCCGAAGACCUGUUGGUCAUGGAAUGGCGGUUGAGCACAAUCCUGUUUCAGGUCAUUGGUUUGGGGCAGGACUUUCUCCUCAAGUUAAUCAUGGCAUGCGGUACAACACGCAGUAUCAAGCGACUCCAUUCUCAUUUGCCAGCAGUUAUGGAAGUAUUGGUAGCUACGGAAGCUAUGGAGAUAGUGCUGGUUUAGGUAGUAGCUAUGGAAGCUAUGGCGACUCUUCAGGAAUGUACAUGAGUUAUCCUACGACACCGGUCGCAGGAGUAAACACUCCAAAUCAAGGAGGCUCAGCGGCUGCUGCUCUUGGCGUAAGCCCAGACACAUAUCGCAGAAUGCACUCAUGUGUCCCAAAUUUACCGCAGACUCAACUUGGGAUGAGCCCUUCUUCUAGUGGUUUUCGGGCUAUGUCUUUGGGAGCAAGUCCUUCGCACUCUCAGUUUGCAGCUUCUCCAGGUUCCCAGUUCCAUGGGUCGCCUAGUUCUUCGUUUCACCCCUCACCUAGUUCCAAUUACCAAGCAUCUACGAGUUCCCAAUAUCUGGGGUCCCCUGCCUCUCAGUUUCUCACGUCCCCCAGUUCACCUUCUCAAGGUUCCCCCAGUAGAUAUGGCCCUACUUCUCCUGCUCGCACAGGUGUUGGUGCAAGUGGCUUAGGCAAAGGGGCUCAAUACAAGAUGACCAAGCGAAGGCCAUGGGAACAAAGGUUGCCAGUUUCCAAUCCAAACGCACACGAUCUCAUGGCAGCACAUCGACAGCGUCUCCAUCAACAGAAUGCCAAUGGGAACGAAGCAGGAAGUCGAGGUGUAUCAUCUCAAGGUCCCCCACACCUUCCUCAUCGGAGGCAUAGGAGUAAUGCAGGUCCUCAUCUUCCUCCGUCAUCUAAUUCGUAUGCGCCUGGCUCCUUGGGAGCUUUUUUAAGCUCACCUGAUACAGUGUCAGAAGUAGGGGAAGAUAUCUCUCCUCCUCCGGAUCCCGGCGACUGGGAUCCAAAUUACAGUGAUGAUUCUUUAUUAGAUGAUUCAUUGGAUGCAUCAGCUUCAACUGUUCCCCCGUUGGAUUUGAACGAAGUGGUAAGUGGAGUGUCCAGGCUUGGUCCUAGUUCUUAUUCAGGACCAGGACAAGGGAUUGGCUCAGCUUUAAUCCCAUACCAACACGUGCACGGCAGUGUGACCAGUGGACAGUCCAGAUUAAACGGGACAGUGCAAGGACAAGUGCCUAUGGGCAGUAAUGUAGAGGCCAACGUCAAUACUCCUCAGAGUUCUUCUCAUGGUCUUCAACCAGGCUUUCCUCGGAAUUCUUCCAAGCAUGGGCCUUAUGCUCCUCAGCAGACUUCACCUAGCAGAUUGGGUCCCCAGACUACCCAAAUACCACAGCAGCACCGACCGCAGCUUCAGUCUCAUCAAUCUGCUGCACAACAACAUACACCAGAUGUUUCUCCUAGUAUUGGAACUACUCGUGGUCAGAUGGUAGGCGAUCCAGGGAAUAACGGUCCCGUGGGACUUCUGCCUUCACCACAGAGGGACACAAGGGGUGGAUAUCCACAAAAUCCUAGAGUUCCAGGAAAUAGUGGUCUCGGUGUCGUCAUUGGUCUUCCAGGAGUUGGGUCAAACGCUGGCCCUGCUGGUACAGGUUUUCACAUGAUCACAGGCUCUUGGCUUCCAAAUGUGGUCCAGGAGCAGCAUUUGUCUCAAGUAGCAGAUCCUUCAUCUCCAUUACCUCCUUGGGUUCCCCCUGGGUACCCUCUACCUUAUGCACAAAAUUUGUUACCACAUGAUUUCUCAACUCUGGGAGCGCGCCCUGGUCAUUCACUGGUGGUGGUUAGUAGGCCCCUUCCUCCCACGGGUCCUAACAGGGGAAAUUAUGGCAGCAGGAGAUCGGGUUGAUAAUUUGAUGUUUACAUUGCGCCUUUGAAAAUUUAAAGGAUCAGAUUAUUGUUUACUGACUUCGACAUCUCCAAUAAUACCUGGCAAUUUAUAUGGCUUUCUGGAGAUACUUCCUUGCACUGGUCAACCACAUAUUCUUGCACAAAUAAAGCAAGGGUUUCAUAAGCUUGGAUGAUUGGAGGGCAUGAUGGCAGCACAUGCCUGAUUGGUUCCGUGUUGUUGGCGGCUCAUGCUUUGAGUAUCUAUUGGACUGCUCUUCUCCAUGACAGGUAGCUGACUAGCUGCAAAUCCACAGUAGGAACCAAAACCUUACAAGACCUCCGGUUGUAAGUUUAUUGCAGUUACUUGUAUUGCCUUACAACCACUCUAUCGUUUAGGUUUUGUGACCUUUUUCUCUCACACGCUUUUUCUUUAAUUUUUUCCCUGUUCUUAUGGUCUCUGGAAACAAUUGGACGCGAACUGGUGUUUUGCUACUUCUAGCACCUAAAAUUUAUUUCUACUGGACUAUCCAGUGCAAGAUUGUUUGGCAAAUGAUCUUGCUGGUAUCUGUAUGGAGUUUUCUUUGGUUUAUCAUUUUUUAAUUGCUUUAAGUAAACACGAAUCGGUCUUUUUUUCUUUUCUUUUAUCACAUUCCACAUUCUUUCUAGUUUUACUUGCUAGUGCUAGGUGUGAG